AUGGUCAGCAAUCGCCUCGACAAGGUACACAAGCAGAUCGCCAAGAAGAAGGGCAAGAAUCCAAAUCUCCACGAGGGCAGCCGGGACACCAAGCGACUACAAAGCGCAGCGCAAAGAGAUGAUAAGCUGAACCGCCUGAGCAAAAUCCGAGAAAACCAGAAUCGCACAUAUUUGUCUCGGAUAAAAUCUUUCCAAUCAUACACCACAGAGCAUGAAUCGCCACUUAACGUGGCUGAAAUCCAGGCCAUGAUUGAAGAUUAUGUAGGCAGAGAUGAUGAGGAGCUGGCAAAACUUAAAGCAGAACGCCGUCCAGGGAGGCCGCCAAGCACGCGCCAAAAUCUGCUUGAGAUUAAUCAAAAGACUGAGCGGGACGAGUACGCCUCUGGCUUCUGGGUACCGGAUCUCGAGGAUGCAGCCAAUCUGCGCAAGCUGAAGGAGUGGAACGGCAUGUGGGCUCAGCUGGCCAUGCUCAAGUUCUGCAGGAUUUCAAAGGAAGGCUUCAAGCGCGAGUCCAGUUUUCCGCCAAAGGGUAUGUCGUGA